GAUCCCUGUGUCAUCUCAUCGCAGGCAGAACUCGAAGAAGCAAUUCGUUUAUAUGAAGUGAAUAAAGAUUCCGAAAUCACAAUUCAUGUGUUUGCAAGUGUGCCACAAGUGCCGGGACUUCCCUGUCCUGGGGAAGACAAGAGUAUAUACCGAAGAGGGGCCCGAAGAUGGAGAAAACAUUAUAGACUUAACGGACAUAUAUUUCAGGCCAAACGAUUCAAUCGAGUGAGUUGUCGCACAUAA